AUGGGGGGACUCAGCCCCCACCCCGGGGGUGUCACCACUGAGGAGCAUCAAAGUGUCACCCAGUGGGUGCCUUGUAGGUUCUAUGAGAAGGUCCAGGUGCUGCACCAGGACCCCGAGGCCUCGGUGGACAAUCCCUUGCUGGCCUUCAGCCUCAUCAAGCGCCUCCACUCCGACUGGCUCAACAUCAUCUACAGCGACGAGGCCACUGGGAAUGCCCAAGCACUCCAUGCCGGUCUCAGGGAGGUGGAGCGGGAGCUGCCUGGAGCCGAGGACCUGGACGGGGCAGCCCGGGCACUGAUGCGGCUGCAGGACGUCUACGCCCUCAGUGUCAAGGGCUUGGCCAACGGCGUCUUCCAGCGAUCCGGCACCGACCACCCGCCCCUCUACAGCCCGGGCCGGCGCGUCUCCCUCUCCGCUGAUGACUGCUUCCAUGUGGGAAAGGUAGCCUAUGACACAGGUGACUAUUACCACUCCAUCACGUGGCUGGAGGAGGCUGUCAGCCUCUUCCGCCUCUCCUACGGCAGCUGGAACCCGGAGGACCGGAGCAGCCUGGAGGAUGCUCUGGACCAUCUCGCCUUCUCCUACUUCAUGGCUGGAAACAUCUCCCAUGCCUUGAGCCUCUCCAGGGAGUUUCUCCACUACGAUCCCAGUAACCAAAGGGUGACAAAGAACGUGGCCAAGUAUGAGAAGCUGCUGGAGAUGGGGACGGGGGUGAGCGCCAGACCCCUGAGACGCCCCAACAGCACCCGUCUGCAGAGCCGGGACGCCUACGAGGAGCUGUGCCAGCGCCCCAGGGGGCAGCCGGCCCCAGAGCGGCUCCUGCACCUUGGCUGCUCCUAUGAGACCAACAGCAGUCCCUACCUCCUCCUCCAGCCUGCCAAAAAGGAGAUGGUCCAGAUCCGACCCUAUGUGGCACUGUACCAUGAUUUCAUCAGCGAUGCUGAGGCUGAGACCAUCAAGGGGUUGGCAGGGCCCUGGCUGCAGAGAUCCGUGGUCGCCUCUGGGGAGAAGCAGCAGAAAGCCGAGUACCGGAUAAGCCAGAGUGCGUGGCUGAAGGACACGGCUGACCCCGUGGUGAGGGCCUUGGAUCGGCGCAUCGCUGCCAUCACCGGCCUGGACCUGCGGCCACCCUACGCCGAGUACCUGCAAGUGGUCAACUAUGGGCUGGGAGGCCACUAUGAGCCACACUUCGACCAUGCCACGUCCAGGAAGAGCCCCCUUUACAGAAUGAAGUCAGGCAACAGGAUCGCCACAGUCAUGAUCUAUCUGAGUGCAGUGGAGGCUGGGGGCUCCACCGCCUUCAUCUAUGCCAACUUCAGCGUGCCUGUGGUCAAGAAUGCCGCUCUUUUCUGGUGGAACCUGCGGAAGAACGGGAAUGGUGAUGGUGACACUCUCCACGCCGGCUGCCCUGUCCUGGCUGGGGACAAGUGGGUGGCGAAUAAGUGGAUCCAUGAGCAUGGGCAGGAGUUUCGGCGGCCAUGUGGUGCUGACCCAGGGGACUGAGCCAUCGUGGGAUUGUGGAUGUGGCAAAACCAUCCCAGCACAGCAUGUUCCCAAGGCU